CAAAACAAGCCCGAGACCCGCCUUUUCCCUCAGGCUCCCCGAGCGCCGCGCUCCGCACCGCUCCGCACCGCUCCGCUCGCGGGGCCCGUUGCGCCCCGCGCGGCUGCGAGCCUCGGGUGGCCGCGCCGGCUCCAGGAAAGGAAGCCGGUGGUCGGGGGAGAGGGCGCGGCGCCCGGGAUGGCGCGGCGCGGGCCGCACGGCGGGGCGGGCGCCUGAGCCAGAGCGGCCGGCCCGCGCUCUCCCGGGGGCGCCGCGGGGGAGCCCAGCCUCGGUGGGCGCCGGGUCCUCCGGGACAGCCCUCGAUCGGACCGGGGAGAUGCCCAACCCCAAGAACAGCAAAGGCGGCCGCAAAAACAAGCGCGCCAACAGCAGCGGCGACGAGCAGGAAAAUGGAGCCGGGGCCUUGGCGGCGGCGGCGGCGGGUGCGACAGGCGCGGCGGCCGGAGGGGCCCUGCGGCGGCGGGGGGCGGCGGCGGCGGCGGCGGGCUGCGGGGCGGUGUCACCGGGCGCGGGAGGCAGCGGCGGCGCGGCGGGCCCCGGAGGUGCGGGCACGGGCGCCGCCAACGCCGCCGUCGCUGCGGGGGCUGCAGCGGCGGGAGACGCCAAGAACGAAGCUCCGUGUGCCACGCCCCUGAUCUGCAGCUUCGGGAGGCCGGUGGACCUGGAGAAGGAUGACUACCAGAAGGUGGUGUGUAACAACGAGCACUGCCCCUGCAGCCCCUGGAUGCACCUGCAGUGCUUCUAUGAGUGGGAGAGCAGCAUCCUGGUGCAGUUCAACUGCAUCGGCAGGGCCCGCAGCUGGAACGAGAAGCAGUGCCGCCAGAACAUGUGGACCAAGAAGGGCUACGACCUGGCCUUCCGCUUCUGUUCCUGCCGCUGUGGGCAGGGCCACUUAAAAAAGGACACAGACUGGUACCAGGUAAAGCGGAUGCAAGACGAGAAAAAGAAGAAGUCUGGGUCAGAAAAGAACACAGCGAGGCCUCCAGGCGAGGCUGGGGAGGAUACAAAAAAAUGCAGGCCCCUGAACAAGUCCCAGAAAGGCCUGAACCACGACCUCCCCCGGCGGCACUCCAUGGACAGGCAGAGCUCCCAGGAAAAGGCAGUCAAUGCUGCAGCCUACGGGGCCCGCUCCCCCUGUGGCUCCCCUGGCCAGUCCCCACCCUCUGGUUACUCUAUCCUCUCCCCGGCCCACUUCAGUGGUCCCCGUUCCUCCAGAUACCUUGGGGAAUUCUUAAAGAACGCCAUUCAUCUUGAGCCUCACAAAAAGGCCAUGCCCGGGGGCCAUGUGUUCAGAAAUGCCCACUUUGAUUACAGUUCGGCUGGUCUGUCUGUACACAGAGCAGGGCACUUUGACACCCCUGUACAGUUCCUGCGGCGACUGGACCUCUCUGAACUCCUUGCUCACAUCCCCAGGCAUAAGCUGAACACUUUCCAUGUUCGGAUGGAAGACGAUGCCCAAGUGGGCCAAGGCGAGGAUCUCCGGAAGUUUAUUCUUGCAGCCCUCAGUGCCAGCCACAGAAAUGUUGUAAACUGCGCCUUGUGCCACCGGGCACUCCCCGUGUUUGAACAGUUCCCACUUGUGGAUGGAACUCUAUUCUUAAGCCCCUCAAGACACGAUGAGAUUGAAUACGAUGUUCCUUGUCACCUUCAAGGGAGACUCAUGCAUCUGUAUGCAGUGUGUGUGGACUGCCUGGAAGGGGUUCACAAGAUUGUCUGCAUCAAGUGCAAGUCCCGUUGGGAUGGCAGCUGGCACCAGCUGGGCACCAUGUACACCUACGACAUCCUGGCUGCCUCUCCCUGCUGUCAGGCUCGUCUGAACUGCAAGCAUUGUGGCAAGCCUGUGAUCGACGUACGGAUCGGAAUGCAGUACUUCUCUGAGUACAGCAAUGUCCAGCAGUGUCCACACUGUGGGAACCUGGACUACCAUUUUGUGAAGCCAUUCUCCUCCUUCAAAGUUCUCGAAGCUUAUUGAUGAAAGCUUUGCUUUAGUAAUAGCUAUUUUAUUGAUAUUAUUACUUUACUACAUAUCUUUUAUAGGGGAACGUUCUGUGACAUUAAUUUGCUUUCUAAUUUAAAGCAGAGUUUACUUUGUAUAUUUGUGCCACUAAAAUGAGGGCUGCCCCUUGCCCUGUCUUGGUUCCCAAAUGUCGUGUGGUUAAGACUAGAGCCCAAAUGGGAAAUGGUGCAGAUUUUUGGUAGGGUUUUAGUCUCACGCAGAAUCUCUGAUGCAGUUCUAAGGUGAUAGGAAGGAUGGGUGUCAUUUAGGUGUGGGAUUCUGUGGUGAAACUAAAGGUGUGGGAGUUGGGAGGAAGCCUUUACUAAUCCGUUAGCUCUCUUGAGACCCACUGUUGGAUGCUCGGGCCUUGGGAAGAGUACAUGACAAGUGACCAUAAGUCGGACCUGGAGAGCCAGCACUGCCUUAGGCUACCUGGACGGGUCUUCGGUUCCUGUUAGGUGCAUUGUCCUCCCACUGACAGGUGAUUUGAGAAUAGAACUGAGUGAGUGCUCUUUCUUUGACUGUUUGUACAGGUUAACAGCUUUCAUACUGGAAAUAAUAUCCAAAUCAUAUGACACUUGGAAACUGUUGCUGUUGCAGUUUUAAAUGAGCUGAAUAUAACAGGUCUUGUGAAGUGAAAUUAGAAAUGAUGCACACUGGAUCACGAAGGCAGGAAGGCAGAACUUGGUUAUUUGAAUUGUGUUGUGUCUCUAGAAGCUGGUCAAAGAACCUACAGAAAAUCUGCACAUGCUGUGGUGGGCAUCGCUUACAGAAGGCAUUGCUCAAGCAAUUGCUUGCUAUCCAGAUCUUCUCCGAGAUAAUCCUCUAGCCUAAGUGCUGUGCUGCAGAACUAGUCAGGCCACACUUCUCAUUCUGUCUAUUGCCACAUUAACCCAUUUAAUACUGACUUUCCAAAAUCAGAGGUGAUCUCAGGAAGGAAGGGCAAAUUGGUUAGAAUGAUGAAGAACAGUUUUAUUCUCUUUAAAGUAUGUCUCAUUUUGGUAGCAGUAAUCCAAAGAGCAUAUCUGAAAAUAGGUCAUCCUAAAGAGUCCCAUGAUCCCUACUGUUUGUUUAAAAAAAAAGUUUCAUACAGAACAUCACAUAUUCUAAAACCAGCCCCUGUUCACUAGAAUUUGGAGACUUAAAUGUGCUGAAGACAUCUAGAAUUAGAAUUAGAGAUUACUUCUCAUGAGUAAAUUUGAUAAUUUGAUAAAAAGUAUGAUACAGAAAUCUACAUUAAAGGAGUACUAAAAAUAAUUCAUUUUAUGCAUAGGUAAACUUGGGGUUUAUGUAAAUAUU